AUGUCCAGCACCGACAACCAGAUGACAAGGUUUCUCUUCGCCAUUUUGAAGCAGAAGAACCUCAAAGAUAUCGACUGGAAUCUCGUGGCCCAUGAUCCCGUUCUCUCUCAACCCAUCACCAACGGACAUGCUGCUCGCAUGCGAUAUUCUCGCUUCAGGUCAUCCAUGUUGGGUCUUGAGCCGCAAAAGAGGAACCGGGCGAACCAGAAGAACAAGGUGACCAAGUCGAAGAAGGACCAGAAGACGAUCAAGCCAGAAGACCUCGUCAAGGCCGAGCCAGGCUUGCAAAACCACACUGCCUACCUUGAUGCUCGGUCAGGCUCGCCACUAGAGAUCAAGGCGCACACAAGCCAACCCAUGUACCAUCAGAACCACUUUACCCCCACAUCCAUGGCUUCGCCGGCCGGCCCGGAGAGCCACUCGGCCCCACAAAUGCGACUCCUCACACCGUGCAGCGAUGACAUGCUGUCGGCGGCGCACCCUUUGCACUUCAGUCCACCAGCCAGUGUCCUCGGCGCCUUCGACAUGCCGGCGGCACGGCACUGCGGACAUGAGCACGAGCACUCGCUCGAGUCUGGUCAAGACCACGCUCUGUGGCCGGGGAGCCCGGCCUUCUCGGCUUUCGAUGCCGCUUACAACCUUGAUGAAUAUUCGAUCGGCACAACGUGCGAUCACCACAUGGCUGCCGCCCAACAAGACGCGCAGCACGCCACGCCGGGCCUCGGGCUCGGCCUUUCCGGGCAUGUGGGUGUCAAGUCGGAGCAUUGGGAUCCGGCGUACCGGCGGUGA